AUGCUCUCGGGCCUAGUCCUCCAAGAGGAACGCCGGGCCAGACGAGGCGGCGGCGGCCGUUCUCGCGAGGCUUGGGCCCUCGGCGGGGCGGGCUCAGCGGGCGCCGGUUUUGGGCUGGGCGUGGUCUUCUCGGUCAUCUUCUUCAAAAGGAAGACGUGGCCCCUUGCUUUCGGGUCCGGGAUGGGCCUAGGAAUGGCUUAUUCAAAUUGUCAACAUGAUUUCCAGUCUCCUUACCUUCUCCAUGGAAGGUUUGUCAAGGAGCAGUGACAGAGAGCCGGAAGACACUUUAGUGGCAGAAGAAUGAAGACACUCAUGGGAUUCUGCAGGGAAUUCAGGACGGCCCUUCGCCUCGAGCCGCCGGUCUUCGGAAGCCACCCAUCGUCCUUACCCGCCUGGCGAGCCAGUUGCUGAUGCCUGGAAACACCCCUCCCCCCCUUUUUUGUAUCUUCUUUUUUCUUGAGCCGCGGGGAAGACACCACGGCAAAGAAGGUGCUGCUUUGGGGAAAACACAAUAAAAACAAGACGACACACACACA